GAAACACAGGUUGACUGCUUGUGUCGCAUACACCACUUGUUAUCUGGCGCUAUAUAAGUCGAGCUAGAAAUCAGACAAUAGACGAUUAGAAGCCAUGACAUCCCUAACGUGCAAAUUCUUGCCUGAUCCCAAGACGAUCGCUGUUGUUGGGUGCCCGUUCAGUGGGGGUCAGCCGAAAGUAGGAGUAGACAAGGGACCCAUCCACCUUGUCGAGGCCGGGCUCUUGACGCAGCUGAAGGAGCUCGGGUGGAACGUGCAGUUUGACGGACAUCAUCAGUUCGAGGAGAUCUCGACCGCGGAUGACCCGCCCAUUGGGAAGCUGAAGAACCCCAGGUUUGUGUCGAGAGUCACGAAAGCUGUAGCCCAGGUCGUUGGUGACCAUGCUAAGAAGGGACAACUCCCACUGACUCUAGGCGGGGAUCAUUCUCUGGCCAUGGGCACCAUCUCUGGAACAUUGGAUACUUACCCUGACGCCUGCGUCGUCUGGGUCGACGCGCACGCGGACAUCAACACCGCUGAUUCCACGGACUCAGGCAACAUCCACGGCAUGCCCGUUUCCUUCCUUAUGGGCCUCGGCAGCAAGAUCCCCGAGUUCGGCUGGGUCAAGUCCGCGCUGCGGCCAGACCGCAUCGUCUACAUCGGCCUGCGCGACGUCGACGCCGGCGAGAAGCGCAUCCUGAAGGAGAACGACAUCAAGGCGUUCAGUAUGCACGAGGUCGAUAAGUACGGGAUCGGGAAGGUCGUCGAGAUGGCGCUGGACCAUGUCAACCCCAAGCGCGACAGGCCGAUCCACUUGAGCUUUGACGUGGACGCGUUGGAUCCGAGCGUGGCACCGUCGACUGGAACGCCCGUUCGUGGCGGGCUCACCUUCAGGGAGGGUCACUACAUUUGUGAGGCGAUCUACGAGACCGGUUUGCUGGUCGCGCUGGACUUGAUGGAGGUCAACCCUUCCCUGGCAGACGAAGAGAGCGUCAAGCAGACGGUCACCGUCGGCUGCUCGCUCGUCCGUUCGGCGCUUGGGGAGACGUUGCUUUGAACAUAGGAGUGCGGAAGAAUGGACAAGGAUAUGCGAAACAAAGGAAAAGCUCUGUAUCGAUUUUAUACGCAGGCCUGUCGUUGCCCUAUCAUCCGUGUAGCAUAGACCUGAUGCAUUUCAUUUUGUGGCUUUUGUGCAAUAUCAUGCCAGUGUCCACGAGAUUGUCCACGUCAACUCGGAGUACGCUUGGGGCCGCUCGAAAAAAAUAGAAUGGGUCACUGAACCUCGAGGCAAUCUCUAUAAUGGGUC